AUUUGCGGACAGUUUGAGGGGGAGUGGGAUGAGGCGCCUCAAGGACACCAGGCUGGGAGUAGCGGAAGGAUAGCCACCCACCGGAGAUAUUGUCAGUCUUGAACAUCAGUGGCAAGAGUCAACAUGACAGACUGCAUGAACUGAGGAGUGACUGAAGUAAUCACAGAGGUGGUGUACACAAAAUAUUCCUUGGGGUUGGAGCAACAGGCUGGCCAGUUUUGUUUCUGCAGAGUUCAGUACGCUUCUUACACACCAUGGCAGGAAAGCCUUGCCCAAGGUUUUCAAACCACACACCUCUACCUCAAGGGCCACAUGUCGUAGGCUGUACUGAUAUUAUGAUUGGUCGAACAAAGGAAGGAACGCUGAUGCGCCUUUAUUAUCCAUCAAAAGUAACAGACCUUAUGAGCAAUUCAGAGAAAUGGACCCCUUGGUUUCUGGGGGAAGAGUACACUCGGGGCUUGGCAACCUUCAUUGCUCCCUCCAUACCCUCCCUCUUCAGCAUGCUCUUCAAUUGGCAAAUGCGGGGAGUAGCAACCCCAGCAAUAUGGGAAGCAGCAAUGGCUGAAAAAAAAUUUCCUGUUGUAGUAUUUUCUCAUGGGUUGAGUGCUAAUCGCUCAAUUUAUAGCACCGUUUGCUCUGAACUUGCCUCUCAUGGGUUUGUUGUUGCAGCCGUUGAACACAGGGACCGUUCAGGAAGUGCAAGCUUCACACUUAAUGAGAAAGGAGAGAAGGAGUAUAUACUCUUCAAACCGACCCCACUUGAUUUGAAGGAGUACGAACUGAGAAAUCAACAGAUAAAAAUAAGAGUAGAAGAGUGUAUUCGCACCUUGGAUGUUCUUGAGAAACUCAACGAGGGUAAAGUUAAAAACGAACUACCUUCAAAUUUUGAUCUGCAGCAGCUUUUUGGGCGGCUUGACAUGUCACAGCCAGUUAUGACGGGUCAUUCAUUUGGAGGUGUAACGGCCAUAUCUACUCUGGCUAAAGAUAAGAGAUUCAAAAUAGGUUUGGCACUUGACCCAUGGAUGUUCCCUAUCAAGGAUGAGGUUGAUGCCUUGUGUCCAAGUGUCACUCAACCAUUAAUCUGUAUAUCAACUGAGGCAUUUCAGUCUGAUUCAAAUCUUCAGGCUAUGAGUAAACUCAAUUCAGACACAACAGUCUUCGUUACUAUCAAAGGAACUGUACACCAAAAUCAGUGUGACACCCCAUUCCUUGUUGGACACAUUGGUCGGGUCUUUGCCGGAGCUUCUUCUCCUCUCGACCCACAAACAGCCAUGGAUAUCAACAACAGGCUCAUGCUGAAUUUCAUUGCCAAGCAUUUAGGUGAGAAAGGUGCCUCUCUCAACACCUAUGUGCCUUACCUUGAGAUCCAGAAAGAUAAAAUUGUGUAUGGUCUCUAUGGCAAAGGGAAAGCCAUGCUUGGCUGGGAUGCGGGUUACCAUGCUGUCUAACUGUAUUACACCUAAGUCCUACUAACAUUUGCCUGUACAGUAUAAAACUUUGUAGUCUGGUGGAGGAUAUACUAGAUUUACAUGAUCUCUUAAACUACAUAUACCAUUGGCUUCUAUUUAUGCUGUGUUGGUGUUGGUGCAAGAUAUAUACAUUGUGUGUGUGUUUGUGUAAUAAUGCUGCAGAAAAAUUAUGUAAUGCACUCCAACUGAGGUUAGAUUCCUUCACAGGAGAGAGACUAGAACUUCAAAAUAAAAGUGAACUAUUCUUGGAAAACUGGCAGAGCUCCACUAUCUAUGGCCUGUAUGGAGACAGGAGUCCUGAACUUAGUUCCAAACUCUAGCUACAGGAGAGACUACACAAGGCUAUUACUUCAAUGAGACAACCAUAUUACCAAAUUCAGUACAGUAUAUCAUGUCUAAUCCAUAGAGAUUAGACUGGAAUCUUUGACACUUAUGAGAAAUAAGGAGUCACAUUCUGGGUCCCGAAAUAUUACACCCAAAAUAAAUAAAACCCCUAAAAUAAUAAAUAUAUUUACUUGGUAUGAUAUUUGUUCUGGAAAAUAUUCGUUUAUUGGAUAUACAGUACAGUAGAGUCAAAAGGUAUUUAAAAGAAUUCAUGGAAAUUUCAGUAUAAAUAUAUAGGAACUAUACCAGACUGGAUGACACCCAUUCUCUUCACCCCCUACUGAGCUGCAAGAAGUAUCAUUGACUGCACCCUCUCCUGGAUGGAUCAAUUGAGAAUCAAUAUGUUGCUUUUACCUUUAUGUGACCAACACAGCUGUUUGCUGCACUUAGGAGGAAAGAGAGAGACUCCUCCAUUUAUCUUCUCUUUCUUUUCUUUCCUCCUACUUCCUCCUUUUCUCCUGAAAGUGAAUGAGACAGAGGAAGAAAAAAGGAAAAUCAUUUCUAUCGCAUUUGUCUUUUUCCCAUCUCUCUUUUUGUCCUGCUCAAAAGUGAUGUGAGAAGGAAGAGAGACAAAUUAAGUAAAAAAAAUUUGUGUUAGUUUAGGUGUUGAUUUAUUUGUUUCUUUGACGUUGUUUUUUAUGUAAAUUAUAAUUUUUUUAUAGUAGUCUACUAAAGUAUUAAGAUUCCCCACAAAAUAAGAAAAGCAUCACCAUAAUCAAACCAAAUAUACAGGGAGUUCUCAUUGUUCGUCAGGGAUAUGUUCCUGAUGACCACGACUAUUAACGAAAGGACGAAUAACAACUAACCCAUUGACUUGUAUGUUAUACAGUAGUACAUGGAAAUAUGUUAUGACCACAUGAUAUUUCUCAUUAUUUUUCUAAUAAUAUCUUACAAAAUGCUUUAAUGUGCAGUAC